GCAAGAAAACAAGACCAAUCUCACUUUCUUUUCUUUUAAUUUUCUUUAAUUCUAACUUUUGUACUCGUGUGGGGUGAACCUUCAACCCUGAAAAUUACUACCAUCUGACCAGAUAAACAGAUUACACAUUCAGUAAUGGAGUUGGUGUAGAGGCCCCAUCCAUGGCCCUCCACUCUCCAUUGAAUCAAUUCGAAGAAACGUCCAUGGCUGCCUACUGAAGCCUUUCUUUCAUUGAUGACGUAAGGAGGGAAAUCCCCACUUUCUUCUCCCAACGCACCUCGCUUGGGCCACCUCUGGAUCUUCCCAAGUCGUCGGAGAAUUUUAUUAUGCUCCAUUUCACUGCUUUUUGGGCUUUGAUUCUUUUUCCCCUUCGUUGAAAACAAAGUGGGGUUUAUCGAUUCUCCUUCAAUAUGGAUUUCUGUUGACCGAUUCUUCUUUUUCUGGGUUUUCUUUCUAUGCUGGGUUUGAUUUUGAGAUUUUGCAAGUGGGUUUGUUUUGUUCUCGCUCUUUUCUUCUCAAAAGGGGUUUUGGGUUAUACUUUAAUCUGAUAAAUAAAAUGGGAAACGUGAAUGGGAGAGAGUAUGUAGAUGAGAGUCCAUCUGGGUCUGUAGAAGAAGAUGAAAAUGAAGAAGAAGUAGUAGAAGAACAAGAAGAUGCUUUAAUUGUGCAUGAGGGCGUCGCCAUGGCUGAUGAGGCUCAUAUUCAGUGCCACCCUCAAGGUGUUUGUUCGAAGUUGAUGGGCGGUCAGUCCCCUCCACACAGCCCCACGGCCCCUCGGUCGCCAUUGAUUUUCACUCCUCAAGUUCCACUCACUCCUCUACGAAAAGCGGAUGAAAUGCUCAUACUUAGCCACUCCCCAAUGCAAAGUUCCUUGGGUUAUGAAGAAACGUGCAAUGAACAGAGCAUUGCGACCAUGAUUACAUGGAGUUAUGGUGGCAAGGAAGUUGCUAUCGAGGGAUCAUGGGAUCGUUGGAGAACAAGAAUGCCCUUGCAGAGAUCAGGGAAAGACUUCACUUUAAUGAAAGUGCUUCCUGCUGGGGUUUAUCAAUAUAGGUUUCUUGUAGAUGGACAAUGGAGGUAUGCUCCGGAGUUGCCUUGGGCCCAAGAUGACGUUGGCAAUGCUUACAAUGUUUUGGACUUGCAGGAUAACGUGCCUGAAGAUAUUGAAAGCAUCUCUAGCUUUGAACCUCCUCAGUCACCAGACUCGAGCUAUGACAAUCUUCUACUUGGGUCCAAUGAGUACGCAAAAGAACCGCCAUUGGUUCCUCCACACCUACAGAGGACACUGCUUAAUUCACCGGCAUCAUACAUGGAGAUUCCAACCUGUCUGUCAAGGCCACAACAUGUAGUAUUGAAUCAUCUUUACAUGCAGAGAGGGAAGGGCGGUCCAUCGAUUGUAGCACUCGGAACAACACAUCGGUUUCUAUCCAAGUAUGUAACUGUUGUGCUCUACAAGUCUUUCCAGAGGUAAAUCUUUUACCUAUCUUAUGAACUCUGCUAUUCUGGGUUUUCUGUAAUCAUAAAUUUGGAAGUGCCAACGCCAAGUUAGUUGAUAAAAUAGUUGAGAAGAUGUAUUAUCUGUCAAACCAAGUUUGUGCUUCAGAUAGGGAAAUUCUUUCAACACACCUCUAGACCCACCCUGUCAUCUUGGUAUGAUUCUUCUCCAGUUGACACUCAUUUUAGAAAGAUGUGGUUUAAUGUUAAAACAAGUCCGGGUUUGCUAGCUUGAGGUUGGGAAGCUUCGGUUUGCCUGUACAAUUGUUAUUUGAGUUUAAUGUAGCUGAUUAACACGUCCAUGGCCUAGGUAAAACACAUCCCUGUAAUAAUUUAUAAAUAUGGUCUUGAUUCCUUAAAUUACACCAAUUAAUCUAUGUUGAUAGCUUAGCAUCCUUUCUAGUUCUA